AUUUCAUUAAUUAGAAUGUGCUAAUGCUUGAAAAGCAUUGAAAAGCGUUAUUUUUUCCUUUCUGAAGAACAGAAGAAGUAGGAAGCACGUGCAGUACUGAAUCGUGAUUGGAUGGAUGAAAGUUUUCCAGAGCACUGAGUUGCUGAAAUGUUUUGCUGUUUGAGAGUUGUGCGAAGGUUAUGUCUGGAGAAGAUAUUGCUACAAUGCAUUAUCCAGUCAAGAACUUUGUCAGGAGCUGAUGCCAUCCAUGCUCUCAAACCUUUCUACUUUGCUGUGCAUCCAGAUUUCUUUGGCCAGCAUCCCAAAGAGAGGGCAGUAAAUGAAAACUCUCUGAAGAGGUUAAAUGGCUACUUGGAGAAUCUACAGAAACCAGGAUUUCACUCCUUUAAGCCAACUCAGCUUACCUUUUAUGUAAGAGAAAGAGAACCAAACUCUUCUAGUGUUCAAGAAUCCUUCAGUACUUCAGGGUUUCGAGCCGUCAGUUUUACUUUACACACACGAGAUCUCCUGAGCACAGUAUUAGAUAUUCUCAACUCCUGCAGUUUAUCUACAGAGCAUAUUCAGAGUUUGAGUGUGAACUCUCAGCCCCAUAAGGAGGCAAAAAGGGCACUGAACAGACCUAUCAAAUGGGAUAAGACUUACUAUUCAUUUACUGGAUUCAAGGAUCCUGAGGAAGAACUUGACCAAGCCCAAAGAGUGGAAACAACUUUAACAUCCUGGUUGGAUGAUAACGAAGCGAGUGCAGUUGUAAAGCUGAAGAAGAGUUUGCCACUUAGGAAAGAACUAGAACGUUUAAAGUUUGAGCUCUCUCAUCAACUCCAGCUCUCAGAUAUCAGGUGGCAGAGAAGCUGGGGUAUUGCUCAUCGCUGUAGCCAGCUGCACAGUCUAGGUCGCUUAGUCCAACAGAGACCUGAAGUAUUAAAGAAUGUCAAAGGACACACGGUGGUUUUCACAGAGCGCUCAGGUAUGAGUGCAGCAGGCCACGUAAUGCUGGGGACCAUGGAUGUUCACCAUCACUGGACCAAAAUUUUUGAGAGAUUGCCAAAUUAUUAUAAACUUCAGGAGAGGCUGCUGUUCUUGGAAGAUCGGAUAAGCCAACUUCUGGGAGGCAUACAAGUAAUAUAUGUAGAAGAGCUGCAACCCCUCUUGACUCUGGAAGAGUACUAUGACACUCUGGAUUCUUUCUAUAACAAACUACUUGACAGUCGACUGCCUUUUCAUCCACAAAGUCUGAGAGGCUUGCAAAUGAUUCUAGAAAGUGAUAGAUACACGCCAAGCUUACAUGAAUUUGGACACUUUACCAUCCCAACAGUCUGUGAUCCAGCAACCCUUCGAUGGUUUAUUAUUGCCAAAGCACAGGAAGCAAGAGAGAAUCUGAAAAGAAGGGAAGAGAUGAUGAUUACAGAAAAAGAGCUGAUAGAUACUUCUGCUGAGAAGUUUUCUUUGGAUCGACUGUACAAGGAGCCCAGCGUCACCAGCGCACAGAUGAUAGAUUGUUGUAAGCGACUGCUGGAAGAAUCAUUACCAUACCUACAAGGCAUGCACCUUUGCAUUUCACAUUUCUACUCCGUGCUGCAGGAUGGAGACCUGUGUAUACCUUGGAACUGGAAAAGCUGAGGACAUAUCUGAUAAUCAGAUGAAUUGUUUAUUUUCUGUAAGAGGCUAUAAAUAUGAGUGUUUUUAAGAGUAAAUUAUUUAAAUCUGUAUUUUGAUAUCCUCAAAUUUUCUUCUAACUGCUGCUCAGAAGGGAUUGGACAAUUUGCACAAUGCACAGUAUUACCAAUUCUAGGUAAGAGAUCUGUACAUUCUCUGUACUACUGUAGGAGUCCUGGUGUACAGUAGCAGUGCGAAAUUGCGUUUUUAUAGUUACCAAUGAAAAGAUGUUACAUUGCAAGACUGCAGAAAUGUGCACAUGUAUUUUUAAUAUACGAAAGUAUUGCUAGAUAGACAUCCUUAAACAUGGAGAAUACUACUCAAAUGAGACACUACAUAUUGUCAUAAAGGAUUUUUUUCAGUGCAGGAACUGAAUAUAUAAGUUAUCUGGUGGCAAUAUUGGCAUUCCAUAUUGCUGCCUCUUAGCAAAUUUAAAUUAAAAAAAAAAAAUGAGUACGACUGCUCUGCAGAAGAAAACAGUACUUAAGCUUGGUCUCUGCAGUACAGUUUCAUGUGCUGGUCCAAUAUUGUUGCCUUAGAAUUUCAACAUAUGCCAGUUGUACUGUCUAUGUUAAUUGUAAAGAAGCUGUCAUUCGGUUGUUUUCCAGCAUUUGCUUCAUAAAUACAGACCAUCCUCUUCGCAUGCACUCCUAACAGAUUGCAAAUCCCAUUCACAGCACUUACUGCCUGAGUAGUUUAAUGGAUCAUCUAAGGAAAAGUAGCACUGGUCUGAGUGGGAUUGUCUGCAAGAGUAAGUACUUCUCAGUGAGAGCAAGGAGCUUGCAGUAAGGUUCUGUAGAGCAAAUGUGUAUCUUUACUGGUUCUUUAUUCUUUUAAUAAAAUACAAAGUGUGAAUUUGUCAGCAGUUUUUCAUUGUAAUACAUGCUAAGAUGUAUUUUGUAUGUGGGCUACUACUUUGAAAAAUAUCCUUUGAGAAGAACUAACAGCUUAACGGUUCUGGACUUUAAUUCACCUAUAACAACUGGCAAAAGAAAAAAUAAAAAGGAUUUGUCUGAUGUUGACUUGCCUUGUAUUUACAUCUGUGCUGAGGGAAGGUAGUUGUUGGGGUUCCCUGUUUUGCCUUUUUUUUUCCUAUUGAAAGGUUCAGUUUUAAGUUACUUUGGUGCCAGUGUUAAAAGAAGCCAUUAUGAUAUCAAGCCUAUCUCUUUAUAAAAUGCAGAGGCAGAAGCAGAGAUAAUCUUGGGCCUAUACUUCAGUCCAAUUAUUGGUAAUUCUUGCUGAUAGAUUCAAAAGAUAGGCUGAUAGUUUCUUCUGACUAAGCAGUUUAUUUCUGUUGCAUGUUACUCCCCAUCAUUCCAUCUGACAUGGACAAUAAGGUCUAUGUCCCAGCUGUUUUAAGCAAAUGAGCCACUCCCAUCAAUUGUAGCCUUGCAAUACUCUCUGUAAUAGCUCUUUGCAAGUACGCUGCCUAUAGGAAUAAAAGCAAUUUUCUUUCUCUUGCUUGAAUUGAAUACCUCUUUGCAAGCAUUCAGGCAAGAGAA